AUGGAUUGUAUGGAGCAGAUGGAAUCUAAGGGAGAACAUAAAGCUAAAUAUAAAGGCUCUCCUGGACUCUUAUCGCGCAGACGACAUAUUGUGAAAAAACUGAAGUUGAAUAUGCAGUCUCUAGCAAAUGACACGUUGACGUGGACAGCCCGGGUAAUCUGCCUCGUGGGAUGCUUUACAUUUUGGUAUAAUAUUGACGUCAUCCAGGAGUCUACAAAUGCAUUAUGGGAAAUAUUACGUUAUCACUGGUUCUACAAAUUAGCAUAUUUUGAGACAUUCUUCGUCGUAUUGUACUAUACGCUAUUUCUUGGGUACCCAUACGUCAUAGAAUAUUUUAAUCUGUUUAAUAAAUACAAACUAAAUAUCAAAGACCACACACCGAUCCCUCGUCCUUUAGAAUUAAUACUUGAAGUCGUGGUCUAUGUUGCCCCGUUGGCGACCUUAGAUACGUUCAUGGUCAAAAAGUAUGCCGGUGUUACCGACGAAGACUUGGUGGAAGUACGUAAACACUGGAUUCAGACCGAACGCAUAUUGCCCGUGGACCCUCCCAAUGUCAUGUGGUCGGUUGUUCAUUUGAUUGUAGCGUUUAUUAUCUACGAUUUUAUGUUUUUCGUCCUGCACUACGCACUUCAUAAAAACCGCUGGCUUUAUGAUAAUAUCCAUUCAUGCCAUCAUAACCAUUCGACAGGAGGAAUAAAUAGUCGUGUCACUAACAAGCUAAAUGUAGUGGAACGAGUCGCGAUUGUCCUGAUCGCCAACUUUGCUCUGAAGGUGAUCGGUAGCCAUCCGUUAACACGUACUUUGUUCAUCCCUCUGUAUGUCAGUUUCUUAGUAGAAAGUCACAUGGGUUACGAUUUACCUUGGUCCUAUAACAAAAUUAUGCCGCAUGGAAUGAUGGGAGGGGCCACGGCGCACUACGAACACCAUAUCAAGGGAACCAAGAAUUUUCAACCAGUAUUCACCUAUUUAGAUAAGUAUAUGCUUGGGAACUAA